UAUCCGCGAAGUAGUCUUUGACGUGGCUAGCUAAGUCGCCAUAUUGGAAUUGCUUGCAGAGGUAGCUGACGACCUAGAAAUCGAGAAAAAUCUUAUUCAGUCAACGCACAUAUGCUGACAUCUGGCACCUUGAUAUGAAGUAUUGUCAUUUGAGAAUAGUUUUUUGCGUGCUCAUCUUCUUACGAUGCUCUCAUGGAGAUGAACAUAGCCACACAUACGAGGAAGGAGAAGAAGUGGUCCUAUGGAUGAACACAGUGGGGCCCUACCACAACAGACAGGAGACCUAUGAGUAUUUCUCCCUGCCAUUCUGUGGUGGGCCCAAGGAGACCAUAGGCCACUACCACGAGACUCUGGGGGAGGCUUUGCAGGGAGUGGAGCUGGAGUACAGUGGAUUAGACAUUGACUUCAGGGUCAACAAACCUAAGACCACUUACUGCAGUGUUACUCUAUCAGAAGAGAAAUACCAGGCAUUUGUGUAUGCAGUAAAGAACCACUACUGGUAUCAGAUGUACAUUGAUGAUUUGCCUAUAUGGGGCAUAGUUGGAGAUGUUGAUGAAGGUGGAGAUGGCUACUACAUCUGGACACAUAAAAAGUUUGAUAUUGGCUACAAUACAAACCAGAUAGUUGAUGUCAACCUCACCAGUGAGGCCAAGGUGAAAUUAGAACCUGGAGCCAAAAUACCAUUUUCAUAUGAGGUGAAAUGGGUUGCUUCUACUGUGAAAUUUGAUGAUAGAUUUGACAAAUAUCUGGAUCCAAACUUCUUCCAACACAGGAUCCACUGGUUCUCCAUAUUCAACUCCUUCAUGAUGGUCAUCUUCCUGGUCGGUCUGGUCAGUAUGAUUCUGAUGAGGACAUUGAGGAAGGACUAUGCCAGAUAUAGCAAGGAUGAAGAGAUGGAUGACAUGGAACGUGAUCUUGGAGAUGAGUAUGGUUGGAAGCAAGUCCACGGUGAUGUUUUCAGACCAGCCUCGCACCCACUAUUAUUCUCUGCCCUGAUUGGUUCAGGAUAUCAAGUCUGCAUCGUCACACUUUCUGUAAUCAUUUUUGCUCUUUUGGGAGAGCUUUACACUGAGCGAGGUUCACUACUUAGCACUGCAAUAUUUGUGUAUGCUGCCACGUCUCCUAUCAACGGCUACUUUGGUGGUGGUCUGUAUGCCAGAAUGGGAGGCAAAGUUUGGAUCAAGCAGAUGUUGCUGAGUGCAUUUUUGUUACCCUUCAUGGUGUGCGGUACUGCCUUCUUCAUCAACUUCAUUGCCAUCUACUACCAUGCAUCCAGAGCCAUCCCAUUUGGAACCAUGGUUGCCGUCACGUGUAUAUGUAUAUUUGUCAUCCUCCCCCUUACUCUGGUGGGAACAGUGUUGGGACGCAAUAUGUCUGGACAGCCUAACUACCCAUGUAGAAUUAAUGCCGUUCCCAGACCAAUACCAGAGAAGAAAUGGUUUAUGGAGCCUGCUGUGAUAGUCAUCUUAGGAGGUGUCCUGCCCUUUGGGUCUAUCUUCAUUGAAAUGUAUUUCAUUUUCACUUCAUUCUGGGCAUACAAGAUCUACUAUGUGUAUGGUUUCAUGUUGCUGGUGUUUUUAAUCCUAAUGGUGGUGACAGUCUGUGUGACCAUUGUCUGUACAUACUUUUUACUGAAUGCAGAGGAUUAUAGAUGGCAGUGGACAAGUUUCCUAGCAGCUGCAUCAACAUCUGUAUAUGUUUAUAUGUAUUCAUUUUAUUAUUACUUCUUCAAAACAAAAAUGUAUGGGCUGUUCCAAACCACCUUUUACUUUGGUUACAUGGCUCUGUUUAGCAUGACCCUGGGGCUUAUGUGUGGGGUAGUUGGGUAUGCUGGAACGAGUAUGUUUGUCAGGAAGAUUUACUCCACAGUGAAAAUUGACUGAGGGCAGUUAUGCAGAGGAACUAUAUAUAUUUAUACAACCAAAGGCAGGGACAUCCUGUGGUUAAUGUAUAUUAAUAGAGGAGGAGGAGGAAGAAAAUCCUGGUGCUUGGGUGAAAGAUGUUACUAGCAAUGGCAGACACAGCUGCUCAAGGUUAGGACAUUACUUCACAGCAAGAUGCUGAGGUACUGAUACUGACUAUAAUGGCCCCUCUUCUGACUCUGAAUUUACUGGGAGUGAUUUCCAAAGUAGCUGUCAGCAUCCCAGGGUUUCAUAAAACAAUGGUUCCUGUGGCUGUCGGUAUCUUGCUGCAUCCAACACUCUAGGUGGAGGGUAAGGGGAUGAAAUUCUGCUCAUAAACAGACAACUGGGAAUCUGUGAGGAAAUGUUGGAGAGAAUGGAUGGCUUAGUAUGUAGCUUGUGUGCCAGCUCUGGUGCAAUAAUCAGGUCCUACCUUGUCUGGAGAAAAACAAGCCAUGCUUUAUAUUUCUAUCUCUGGAACAAAGAGAGUUCUGUCCACAAUAAAAAAACAAGUAUUUGUAAAUAGGUGUUCAAAGGGGAAUGUGUACAUCUAGUAUGUUAUUAUCAUUAUUUUCUGUAGUUCUCGUAAAUGUAUGUUUUAAAACUGAUGAUAGAAAUGCUUUGCCUAAUAAUAAAGCAAAAGGCAGAUCUAGUAAGUGUCAGUGACUUGAAAUGAUUGUGAUAUCCAUCGCCUGUUGCAUUAGACAUUGGACUUGUUAACAUUCCCCGACUUCUUUCACUAGAGAGUGAUUAUCUGCAGUCUGGAGAAAAUGCAUAGACAUACUUAUAUAUUAUCAGGUGAUAGCUGUAUUGUCUGAAUAUAACUUUUGUAUUCAGUGGUAUAAAAUACAUUUAAUAUUAUGAA